GCAGGAAGCGGGCUGGGGGUGGUCGCUGGGACCCCGAUCCUCCCCGGUAAGUUGCCUGGUCGAGAGUUUGUGGGCAGCCCCGCCCUGCCGUGAGCGUGGGCCAGCCCUCGGGACCGUGUGUUGGGCUUUCAGCGCGUCGGUGCUGAGUGCUGAGGCCUUGCUGUUUCUGUCACAGACCGGUUGAACCAGGGGAAGCAGCUAAGUGGCAUGGGGUAGACCAGGGACAGGCAUUAUCCACCGAUUACUAAGGCUGACUGCGCAGUCUAGACUAACACCUCUAUUUCCGCGUGCGGGCGCUCCCACCCCCUCUCUGGGGGACCAGGAGGAAGUGGAGGGGGAGGAGUCCUCGCCGGGAAUUGAGAAGUGUGUUUAGGAGAGAGGCAAGGGAAGGUCUGGCCCCUCCGUUUGCACUCCUUGAUGGAGCCAACUUGGUCCCCAUCUCUUGACGGUUCUAGCCUGUCACCAGCUACUGGACUGUGGAAGAUUCUGAGCCUCCCCUCCUCUGCAGUGGACCAGGAGUGCUCGCUUGGGCAGCAUAUAUAGUAAAGUUAGAGCGGACCUGGAGAAAGGGGAUCUGGGAAUGGAUGGGAAGGAAGCCUUGUUCUGGACUGUAAGCAUCCAGGAGCACUUUAUCCACAAGAGGUGGGGAAGGCUAGAUUGUAAAAUGCCCUGAGAGGGGUCAAGAGAGAUAGGGGUUACUAAUCCAGGACUAUAAAUUGCAGUGCUGGAGCAGCUGUGCCUCUUGGCGUCUCCCAGGUGUCCCCAUUAUCAUUGACCUCUGUGAUGUGUGCCAUGAGUGUGACCACCAGGCUCAGAUAACUGUUCCGGAGAUGGUACACCUCAGAAGAGCACCCUGGCCAGGUCAUCAGGAAAGAGAGAUGGGGACCAUGAAGUAAAGUUCAGUAUACCUGGGAGCAGUGGGGCAGAAUUCCUUACAUGAGCCAAGAAAAGGGAGUUGUGGAUAACUCUUCAGGGGAAAAUUCUAUACCUGGAAAGCUGAGCCCAGAGUUUGGGUGCAAGGUUUGAGUGUGGAUCCCUGGAACUGUCCGUGUGUCACUCAGGCCUGAGCCAUCUUCCAUUGUGGAAAGGUGAGAAAACCACAAUACACUAACCAAUUGAAAAGGAGGCUGGGGAGUCCCAAGUUGUACGUAAAAUAAAACCAUCAGUCACUAUGGACAGUGGCAGAGUAGAGGGUGGGUGGCUAUAGUGUCGCAGAAGGGAAAUUUCAUGGUAUCCCUCUGGGACCGCUGUUGGAAUCCUCCUCCAGCAGUCAGCUUCGGAAAACGGAAAAAGAUACUCUUCCUCCUCUAGAAUCCUGGGAGGACAGUGCAGUACCUCCAGUCCUAGUCCCUUGUUUUAUGAAUAAAGAUACUGAGGGAGGUUCACCUGGAGAAGGGAAGGGGCUGGAACUGAGGUCACUGCAUCCCAGCUCAGGGCUCCUGGAUAACCCAGGAAGGGAAGAGGAAGGACCCAGGCUAGAGGUCAGAGCCAUCACAAGGAAGGGGAAUGAGUUAGUGCCAUCUCUUUGAUCACCCUGUUCUGCAAGUAGAAUUCUCUUCCUUUUGGCCCUGGCACUAGUCUGCUCAGCUUUCCUCCUGCCCCUAGCACCCCUUCCAUCCUGACACUCCUUCCCACUGGGGUACUUCUUCCUGUCUCAAGCCCUCUCCUUGGGCCUGAACAAACACAUCCACCCUUUAUUCCCAACCUCCAGCCCUCAUUUACCUCCCAGAUCCCUCGUUUUCCAGGGUCCAGACCAUUUGUUCUUACUAGUCCUACAGGAUUUCCCACUGUCUCCAGCAAGGUUUCUGCUAGAGUUUUUUUGUUCUGUUUUGUUUUCAGUGUUUAUUUGUUUAUUUAUUUGGUUGCUCCAGGUCUUAGUUGUGGCAUGCAGGAUCUCCGUUGCGGCAUGCGGGAUCUUUUAGUUGCGGCAUGCAGGAUCUAGUUCCCUGACCAGGGAUGGAACUCGGGCCUCCUGCAUUGGGAGCGUGGGGUCUUAACCAUUGGACCACCAGGGAAGUCCCUAGAGUUUUCACUUCUCGAUGCUCUUUUCCAUCUAGGAGACUUUUGGAAACUUGGGGAAGCAAAUAGGCUUCAGUUCCCGCCCCUCCCCCAGCCUCAGUCCUCAGUGCCAUGUACUUGCUGGCCACUGAGCAGCAGCAGGUUCUAGGUAAAGAGCAUACUGCUAAAAGGCUGUGGACUCUACCCUACCCUACCCCCUCAUCUGUCCUUCCUGUUGUCCCCAUGAGAUGGUUUAAGCUUAGGCGGCUCCAAGGCAGUAGUCAGGAAGAAGCCUGGCUGUCCUGGGCUCAGAGCUGAGCACAAGGUUAAGCUUAUUCUGCAGGAGACCUUCUGAUGGGAACUCCCCGGGACAAGGCAUCGGUCAGUGAUGAUCUCAGCUGUGUCUGUGACACUCUCAUUCCUACUAGGGCCUAUCUGACGUCAACAGGAGGAUGAGCCCGUGGAGUGGGAGACACCUGACCUUUCUCAGGCUGAGAUUGAGCAGAAGAUCAAGGAGUACAAUGGCCAGAUCAACAGCAACUUAUUCAUGAGCCUGAACAAGGAUGGCUCCUACACAGGCUUCAUCAAGGUUCAACUGAAGCUGGUGCGCCCUGUCUCAGUUCCCGCCAGCAAGAAGCCACCCUCCUUGCAGGAUGCCCGGCGGGGCCCAGGGCGGGGUACAGCUGUGAAACGCCGCACCUCCUUCUACCUGCCCAAGGAUGCUGUCAAGCACCUGCAUGUGUUGUCACGCACACGGGCACGCGAGGUCAUCGAGGCCCUGCUGCGCAAGUUCUUGGUGGUGGAUGACCCCCGCAAGUUUGCUCUUUUUGAGCGGGCUGAGCGCCAUGGCCAAGUGUACCUCCGGAAGCUGUCAGAUGAUGAGCAGCCUCUACGGCUACGGCUCCUUGCAGGGCCCAGUGAGAAGGCCCUAAGCUUUGUCCUGAAGGAGAAUGACUCUGGGGAGGUGAACUGGGAUGCUUUCAGCAUGCCUGAGCUACACAACUUCCUACGCAUCCUGCAGCGGGAGGAAGAGGAACAUCUCCGCCAGAUCCUGCAGAAGUACUCAUAUUGCCGCCAGAAGAUCCAGGAAGCCCUGCAUGCCUGCCCCCUGGGGUGACCUCUCGUACCCCUGGGUGGAAGGAGGAGAGUAGGCAGCGCCAAGGGCGUGCCGUGUGAGUGUGCAAAGGGCCACGUGGCCCGAGGAAUGAGUGUGCAUGGAGGCCCUCUCUUGCUGGGGGAAUGAGCCCAGAGAACAGCGAAGGAGCUGGCCCCCUGUGUCCACCAGUGGGUGUAGCAGAGCAUGGCUCUGCAUCCUUCUGCCCUUUGUGUACUGGGUCAUGGUGGGCCAGGGUUGCCCUGGGAAGCUGCUCCAGGCUUGCAGCAGGGGUAGAGGAGACAGAAGUCUCCUUAAUUUGUGUCUCAGAUAUGAGAAUCUUGGAGACCCUACAAACAGAAUAGGGUCAUGUUUGCAGGGAUGAGGGCCCUCACCUAUGGUGAAAGGUUGUGUGUUUCGGGUCUUGGAUGGGGUCUCAGGACAGCCCUAUCAGAACCAAGGGUGGGUGUUCAAGGUAAGACAGGCAUCAAGAAAGUCUAGGGUUCCCUCUACAGCACCCUCUGACUCCACACACCCUGGGGUCAGGGAGUGCUGGCUCAUGGUGCAACAACAGUGCCUCUGCCUCCUCCAAGGAGGAUGUCCCUGUGCCAGGGUCUGUGUGAGUGUGGGCACUGGCCCAGCUCUGUGCCUUGUUUGCCAGUCAAAGCCAGGGUCUUUCCCUUGGGUAUUUUUGAUGAUGUGUGCGAAUGUAUGUAAUAUUUUGUGGCCUCAGUCGAAUGCCUCCUUUGGGGGAAGGGGUGGGGGUGACAGUCAUCAGGGCCUGGGGUCUGAGAGAAUUGGCUAAAUAAAGAUUUAAGAAUUCU